AAAAUCAUUUUUUGUUCUUUGUCUUUACGGGUGUUGCAGUGGAGCUCCUAAAUUCUAAGAGGAUGGCCUCAAGAAACAGAUGUAUUCCCAAGAAGUACCUGUAUGGAGUGAACAUUUAGAGCAGUAGUGCUUUUAGAGAAAAGAAACAAGCAAGAAAGAGGAGAAAUGUAGCAGGAGAGAGAGAGAAACCAGAGCAGCAGAAAGUUCCUAAUUCUAACGUGGUAGCCCAAGCUGUUGCUGUUAACGAAGCUGAGUCUGCAGAAUCAUCAGCAACAAAGCAGGAAGUGGUCGAAAUAAGAGGAGAAUAUACAGCAACGCAAAAUACAGCAGCGCAGCCUGUGGUAAGCAGAUCAGCCCAGCAACAGGAGGAGAGAAAGAUAGAGCAUGCAAACAACAUGCAAGUGGCUCAAGCAGAUCCUACAGGGCAGCGUCUGGAGAGAGCAAGAAAGAUGAUAACGCUGAGGUGGAGCAGUUUAUUCUACACGUGCCAUUAUGGGUUGAAUUCAUUCACUCUCCAGUUUGCAGUUAAAGCGUCCUAGAACAUCUCAUCAUGGGAAGGUUAAAUUUCUCCUGCUUAUUUCCUGCUUCCUGGCACUUCAGUCUCUCCCCUAGUGGGUGCCCUCGUGCCCUAAACACCACCUUAAAACAGCUGGUGAUGAUCGGUGUGGUGGCUGCUAUCGUGGUUUUACUAAUUUAUUCACUGCUUUUGGUUCGGACGAAGUAUAACCGUUCCUAUCGAGACAGGAAGUACCACAGACACCUGGCUCGUGUCACCGAUACAGAAGCCACAGAUACCGGUAACCCUGACCUUAACUAUGGAGUGGUGGUGGACUGCGGGAGCAGCGGAUCAAGAAUUUUCGUUUAUUGCUGGCCACGUCACAAUGGGAAUCCACAUGAGCUCCUCGAUAUUAAGCAAAUGAGAGAUCAGAACAGGAAAACUGUAGUCAUGAAAAUAAAGCCAGGUAUUUCUGACCUCGCCAGCACCCCAGAGAAAGCAAGUGACUACAUUUCUCCGCUACUAAACUUUGCAGGAAGCCACAUCCCGCGUGAAAAGCACAAAGAAACGCCGCUAUACAUCCUGUGCACUGCUGGACUGCGAAUCUUAACUGAAAGCCAACAGGAUGCCAUCUUGGAAGACCUACGGACUGAUAUUCCGGUCCAUUAUGAUUUUCUCUUCUCCGAUUCCCACGCAGAGGUCAUCUCAGGGAAGCAGGAAGGAGUUUACGCUUGGAUCGGCAUCAACUUUGUUCUUGGACGGUUCGAUCAUAUAGAUGAUGAAGAUGAUGCUGUGGUAGAAGUAAACCCCCCCGGCAGUGAUAAUAAGGAAGCUAUCAUGCGCAAGCGCACAGCGGGUAUCCUGGAUAUGGGUGGUGUUUCUACCCAGAUAGCUUAUGAAGUACCUAAAAGUGUAAGCUUUGCCUCCUCCCAGCAGGAAGAAAUGGCAAAGAACCUGCUGGCAGAGUUCAACCUUGGCUGUGACGCCCAUGAGACACAGCAUGUGUAUAGAGUAUAUGUUGCCACCUUCCUAGGUUUCGGAGGAAAUGCUGCCCGCCAGAGAUAUGAGGACUUUAUAUUUUCUAGUACCAUGGAGAAAAACAGGCUUUUGGGGAAGAAACAUGGACUGUCUCUGGAGUCUCCCUACCUGGAUCCCUGUCUUCCUAAAGAUAUUCCAUACACGGUCCAGCAAGGAGGGCAGGCCCUGUAUGUGCGAGGCACAGGGGACUUCCAACUGUGCCGCAGGAUUAUUCAGCCUCUUAUGAAUCUGUCCAAUGACACUCAAACCACUCUGAAUGGAAUCUACCAACCACCUCUGCCAUAUGAUAACAGUGAGUUCUAUGGCUUCUCAGAGUUCUACUACUGCACUGAGGAUGUGCUGCGUAUAGGAGGGGACUAUAACUCUGUGAACUUUCUUCGACAGGCACAGACUUACUGCUCAACUAAAUGGUCAGUGUUGAAGGAGCGAUUUGACCGUGGUCUUUAUGCACCUCAUGCAGACCAACACCGGCUCAAGUACCAAUGCUUCAAGUCAGCCUGGAUGUAUGAAGUGUUCCAUACAGGCUUCUCCUUCCCUACCAAUUACAGCAAUUUGAAAACGGUACUGCAGGUUUAUGAUAAGGAGGUCCAAUGGACUCUUGGGGCUAUUUUGUACCGGACUAGAUUCUUACCUCUGAGAGACAUUCAGCAGGAUCAGUUCCGGGGAAGCCACCCACACUGGAGGAGCACAUCCUUCGUGUACAACCACUACCUGUUCCUUGUCUGCUUUCUAGUGGUGCUGUUGUCUAUUGUACUUUAUCUGCUCAGGCUCCGGCGCAUCCACCGCCGUAUGCAGCGUAACACAUCCUCUGCUGCUCUGUGGGCAGAACAAGGACUGCAACCUCCUGGGAUCCAGAAUCCUUUGUGAGUGACAACAAACUUGAAUAAUGAGACUUAUCACUCCUACUCCUUCUGCAAGACAGAGAGGGUUAAUCAACUGCUGAUCCUCAUAGGAAUACUGUGUGAAUGACGUAGCUGCACCCUCUGUUGAAAGAUAAAUUGAGACGUGCAUGAUGCCUGGCAUUAUGGAGGGAAAUGUGACGCAUAAGCAAAAACAUAACAGAGGAGAGCCAAUAAAGCCAUUUGUUUUUUGUUUUGUUUUUUGCCUCAGGGUCCCACAUUCUCCUCUCCUGCAGUAGUAAAGCUGUGUUUUCUCAUGCUUCAUGUUUGAAGGACAAAGGUUCUACUCCAUUUCCUUUUAUUUAUUUUUUUAAAAUAGUGAUUCUGUGAUUUGCGCAGGACAGAGUAUGUAGCAGGGAUAUUUUAUGGCCUCCGUCAUUGCUUCCUGCUACUUUACCGAAGGAAACAGUCGUGAAAUCAUAUCUAGAAGAAGCGUUUUGGUACUUUUUUUGGACUCGAUGUUCACCUAAAGAUCUCUCUAUAAAAUGCUUGUCUAUAACAGAACACCUUUGAAACUAACGCACAUAUUCUCAUGUCAUUUUAUCCCUUGUAUGUCCCUUAUGGUCAUUUUCGGUUUCUCUCUUAAAUAAUUUCCAAACUUGUUUAAAGGGACAGUCUACACCUUAGCCAUCCUAAAGUCUUACCUUAGAUUAAGCUGCAAAAAGCCUCCUGCACCCCUUUCCAUAUCAUGCAGCAGAACCGUAAAAAAGUUAUUUUAAAAUGAAUAUUGUUUCUGGCCACUUUGAAAUGGCUGCCAAGCUCCGCCCUUUGAUGACAUUAUGAUCUGGGCUACAUCUAGACACUCAGCUUAAUAGCAUUUAAAGUAUGUUGAAUCCAACUAGUGAGCCUUUUGUGAUUGGACACCAUAUGCAUCCCAGAUCGUGAUGUCAUCAGUGGGCAAGGCUUGGCAGCCAUUUCAAAGUGUCCAGAAACAGUAUUAAAUUUAAAAUAACUUUUUUACCAUUCCUGCUGCAUGAUAUAGAAAGGGAUGCAGGAGGCUAUUUGCAGGUUAAUCUAAGCUAAGACUUUAAGAUGACUAAAGUGUAGACUGUCCCUUUUAAGCAGCGCCUUAUUCUGCCUUUUUUGGCAAUUAGGAUUAACUAUUUCUAUAACCUUUUGCUUUUUCUUGCCUUGUGAUGUGACUGACCAUCCUGGAAUCGGGUUCUGUAUAACUGUAUCGCCAUAUAUGGAUUAAUGCCAUUGAGUGGUGAUAAGGUAUCUGCAAGAGAUUAAAGCCAGUGGACAUGAUAAAAAUGAAGAGACAGUGAAUUAUAUAAAAUUAAAUAAAAUACAAAACACUUUUUGCCUGAAAA